GAAGAGCAAGAGAUCAGAUCUACAGGAGGGAAACCAUGGACAAGAUAAUCACCACUGGCAAACUUAAGGACAAGCCACCUUUCCGGGACAGCAAUAGUGCUGUGGCUCCUGCCAAGGUUAUGUGCCAUAACUGUUCAAAGCUAAAGAUAUUUCUUGGAGCUCUAGCUUUUUCCUUUUUUGCAAAAGGAUUUUCUGGAAGCUACAUGAAGAGCAUGUCCAGUCAAAUUGAAAGGAGAUUUGAAAUCUCAUCAUCAAUAUUUGGCAUUAUUGAUGGCAGUUUUGAGUUAGGUAACUUAAUGGUAAUGGUACUGGUGAGCUAUCUUGGUCCAAGAGUUCAUCGACCGAAAGUAAUUGCUGUUGGAUGUCUCAUCAUGUCAUUAGGAGCAUUUUUGUCAGUGAUGCCUCAGUUCCUAAUGGGACGUUAUAAUUAUGAAAGGAUAGCUGUUACUGUGGACAACUCAUCUACAAGUGUAUCAGCUUGCUCCCCAGCACCCUCUGUGGGCCAUUCAGUCUCAGAUGUUACAGAAACACCCAGCACAAUGAAAAAUUCAGGAUGUGAAAAAACAUCUAAUUCCUAUCUUUGGCUCUUUGUAUUGAUGGGGAACCUUUUACGUGGAAUUGGGGAAGCACCAGUUAUGCCACUGGGGGUUUCAUACAUUGAUGAUUUUUCUAAAGAAGAAAACUCGGCAUUUUACAUAGUCUGGCUUCUUAUUCUAUUCACAGAGUGUGAAAAGGAGCCUGGGUCAUUGCUGUGGAUAUUUGUGAUGGUUGGAAACUUAAUACGAGGAAUGGGUGAAACUCCCAUCAUGCCUUUAGGCAUUUCAUAUUUGGAGGAUUUUGCCAAAACAGAGAAUUCACCUUUCUACCAGGGUUGUCUACAUACUGCAACAGUAAUUGGCCCCUUUCUUGGUUUCUUGUUGGCAUCAUUCUGUGCAAAACUGUUUGUUGAUCUGGAAUCUGUAGAUGCAGGGGAGCUAACUAUAACACCUACUGAUGUCCGCUGGGUUGGAGCAUGGUGGCUGGGCAUUUUGAUUUGUGCAUUAGUGAAUUUUCUUGCAGGACUACCUUUCUGGUUUUUGCCCAGGUCACUUGUGAAAGAAGGGGAAACAAAUGAGUCUGAGGCAUGUAAAAAGGAAGGAGUACUACUGGAAGAAAAUGAACAAAAGGAAACCAAACAGACCAUGUAUGAAAUUGCUAAAGAUUUCUUCCCAUUCCUCAAGGCUUUACUUCGCAACCCAGUUUAUAUGUUAUUUAUAGUUAUAAGUGUGCUACAGUUCAGCGCCUUCCUUGGCAUGAUAUCCUUCAUGCCUAAAUAUCUGGAACAGCAAUUCGGAAAAUCUGCAUCAGAUGCCAUCUUUUUAAUUGGUGUUUACAACAUACCAAUUAUAUGCCUUGGGUACUUUUUUGGAGGCUUAUUUAUGAAGAAAUUCAAGAUAAAUACCUACCAGGCUGCACAUAUAGCAUGUUGGGUAACUUUUCUGGAUUACCUUCUAUAUUUUACUGCCUUUUGGACUAUCUGUGACACUUCACCAGUUGCUGGCCUAACGGUUUCCUAUGAAGGAAUAGAUCAAUUGUCAUAUGCAGAAAAUACUCUACUUGCUGACUGCAACAGAGAUUGUAAUUGCACACUUAAAGUAUGGGACCCAGUUUGUGCGAACAAUGGAAUCACUUAUGUAUCAUCUUGUCUGGCUGGGUGUAAGGCCUCAACAGGAACUGGAAAAAAUGUGGUAUUUGAAAAUUGCACCUGUGUUGCAGCCUCAGAAUUUCCAUUUCAAAAUGCCUCUGCAGUUCUGGGCCAAUGUGACAAAGGAAAAAACUGUGACAAGAUGCUUCAAUAUUUUUUAAUACUGCAAUUAGUUGGCAGCUUCAUUUUUUCCUUAGCAGCAAUGCCUGGGUUCAUGGUCUUAAUAAGGUCUCUAAAGCCUGAAGAAAAGUCAUUUGGAGUGGGUGUCCAUGAAUUAGCUGCAAGAGUAUUUGCUGGAAUUCCAUCUCCCAUCUUUUUUGGAGCUUUGAUAGAUACUACAUGCAUGAAAUGGGGUACUAAGUCUUGUGGUGGAGAAGGAGCGUGUAGGAUAUAUGACAUAGUCAAAUACAGGUGGAUCUACCUUGGCCUGCCAGCAUUGUUACGUGGAAUGUCCUUUAUCCCAGGUUUAAUAACUCUCUUUAUUUUAAAGAAGCAACUUACAUCUGAAAGGAAUGUCUCAUUAAAUGCACCAGUAGAAUUGCAGGAUAAAGGACAAUAAGCAUUGAGAUAGCAUUUCAAUGCAGGAUAUAUUGUGAAAAAACCUCACAAUGUAAAUUUUGGACGUAUCUUUGUAAAAGAUUUCUUAUUUUAAUUAGUGAACUUCUGGACAGAGAUUAUUAAAUUUUCACAAAGUUACACCCUAAUUAUAUUCUCAUAUUAUUAUCAGUUCAUAAACAGGAGUUACAGGAAAAAUGUGUUUGGUGCAAAGGUACAAAGAGUAGAAAUAUGACAAAAUGCCAGAUUUGAUUCAUCUGAGCAAAGGAGU